AUGGAUUCCAAGUUUGGCGGUGCUGCUUAUACUGGUCUUUCUUGGUCGACAUUUAAAGACAACUUCUUUCCAAGAUUCACAUCAGGUGCUGCUGGUAGUCAAUUGCCUGGGAAAGAAAAUUUCCAAGACAUGUUUGGCAUCUUCUUCCCUGCUACUUCUGGUAUAUUUGCUGGUGCUAGCAUGUCAGGCGACUUAAAAGCACCCUCUAAGAGCAUUCCUAAGGGAACACUAUGGGGACUGUUGGUGACUUUUAUUUGCUACUGUCUGGUUAUUCUAUCAAUUGGUUCAACUGUAUCGCGAGAUUUGCUAUAUAGAGAUUUGGAGAUUAUCCGCAACUCCAACCUUUCGCCAAUGCUGAUUAUAAUGGGCGAGUUCUCGACCUCACUAUUUUCCGCAUUAAUGGGCGUUGUUGGUGCUGCUAAGCUUCUACAAGCUAUUGCUAGAGAUAAUCUUCUUCCAUACACUUCAUGGUUUGGCAAGGGAUACUCUACAGACGAUAACCCGUUGCCAGCAAUUUUCUUGAGUUAUAUUCUUACUCAAAUAACUCUAUUGUUUGACAUUAACCAAAUUGCUGUGUUCAUCACAAUGGCAUAUUUGAUGACUUUUGUUGUCACUAACUUGGCUUGUUUCUUGUUGAAGAUUGCCAGUGCGCCUAAUUUUAGACCGUCUUUUAAAUAUUUCAACUCUACAUCGGCUGGAUUAGGCGCUGCUCUAUGUGUGUUAUCUAUGUUUGUAGCAGACGGAAUUUCUGCAUCUGCUAUGAUAUGUGUUAUUGCCAUGUUAUUCCUCACUAUCCAUUAUAUCUCACCACCAAAACCAUGGGGCGAUGUGUCACAGACGCUUAUUUAUCAUCAAGUGCGAAAGUACUUGUUACGUCUUAGGCAAGACCAUGUCAAGUUCUGGAGACCACAGAUCUUGUUGUUAGUAGAUGAUCCUAGAACAAGCUGGAGUUUGAUUCAUUUUUGUAAUCACUUGAAGAAAGGUGGUUUGUAUAUACUGGGUCAUGUUAUGGUGACACAGGACUUUACCCAGUCGUUCCCAGAAAUGAAGAAGCAACAAAACUCGUGGAUGAAACUUCGUGACGUUAGUAACAUUAAAGGAUUUGUACAAAUAGGAGCGGGUCCAAAUGUUGUGUGGGGUGCCCGUAACGUAUAUCUAGGAUCUGGACUGGGUGGUAUGAAACCUAAUAUUACAGUCUUGGGCUUCUUUGAACUCAAGAACCACUACCCCUCGCGCCACAACAAUAGUCAUUGUCGAGGAGACGAGUCGUUGACCGGUCAACAUCGUUCCGAUGAAGCAAUCCAGAUCGAGGACCUGCCAACUGACUCUUGUCGGAAAGAACCUAGCAUAACUGUUACCGAGUGGGUGCACAUUAUAGAGGAUCUACUCACAAUGCAAGCAAAUAUUGCUAUUGCCAAGGGCUUUCCACGACUAGAGUUUCCUACCAAGGAGUCUCUGAAUGCUUCUCUCAGUGACACAAAGGGAUACAUCGAUCUGUAUCCGAUUCAAAUGUCUGCUCAGAUUGUGGAUGAAAAUGGUGCCAUGAGUGCUUUGUCCACCAACUUUGACACAUACACGCUAAUUCUCCAGUUGGGUGCUAUUUUGCAUACUGUUCCAGUGUGGAAAAAGAAUCACAUCUUACGAGUAGUUGUGUUCGUUGAGUUUGGUGAAGAUGUUGCCAGCGAAGAGUCGCGUAUAAAACUACUUCUAGAGAAACUGCGUAUCAAUGCUGAAGUUCUUGUUUUGUGUCUUAGUGCUGGCAAUGUCUGUGCCUACGAGACUAUUAUUCAUGGCAAACCUGAUACGUCAGGUCGCGUACAUAGACUUCUUGGCGAGGACGAAUGGUGGAUAGAACUCCAAGAAGCUCGUUCCAGUAACAUUGAUCAUGGCAUUCAUAUUAACAGCAACGUUGGUGAUCUGAUACCGGAUGAGAACCUUGGCAAUGAAGCCAAUCAUCAACUACGCAAAAUCAUUGAUGCCAAAAAACGCCGCCAUACAGUCUCGGAACUUCAGCGAUUAGGCGUCUCAUUCUCCAUGCAUACCAACAAUUUGAUGAAAUCUAAUUUGACCAAGCAUGGUUAUGACAGUGAUUCGUCGUCAUCUGAUUCUGAAGUAGAGUUUGAGGAUGCAGACGAUAGUCUUGAGAUGGCUGAACCGAGGCUGUUUGUUCGUCGUCGGGCCAGCAGUGGCGGCAGUUUACCUGGAUCCACACGACCUGUGUUCACUACUCCAUCACAGCCAACGAGCGAAGUAGCUCGUCAAAUCGCUGCUGCCGCACUUUCUGCCAAGCAGACAAAGCCCUCACUAAUACGUACGAACUCAGGAACUGGCAGUAUCAAAUCUAAGAAACUAAAGCCUCAUUUCCUCGGCAACACCAUGCCUGAUACACGGGUUGUCGAAGAACCUGAAGCAGGCAGACGAUCUAUAAUGUUUGAUGAGACAUCUACCGCACCAUCAUCCAACCGCCCAUCGAGGCCAUCAUCGAUAAAAUCUGGACUAUCAGGACUAUCUACCAACAAAGUAACGUUCGAUGAACAGCCAGCUGCUGCCCUCUCACAAAAAUCACCACUUUCAACCAUGACUUCGCAGAAAGUGAGCAGCUCAUCAAACACAUCACUCACAUUGACAGAUACAGGAGUACCCGAAGACGAAGAACGGGACCUUUCCUUCAACGACCUACCUGCCAAAGCCCAACACGUGAUUCUUAACGAUAUGAUGAACCAAACAUCGAAAGACUCAGUUGUCAUCUUCUCGACGCUCCCAGCACCCAGUCCAGGCACCCACAAGAGCGAAGACGAGUCGCUCGAAUACGUCGAAUCGCUCGAAUUAUGGUGCCAGGACCUUCCUCCCAUGAUCCUCUUGCAUUCCCAGUCGAUGACUGUAACCACUGCUUUGUAA